UGAAGAAAGAAGCAUUUUUUUUUAAAUUGGAGGGUGAUGAUCGUUUGAUGUAAAUCAAGUAGUAUGUAAAUGUGUGGAGGUGCGAGAAACUGCGGCGCCUUCUGUUUUUGUGUUGAUGUGAAAUGCUCCUUAAGGUAAACUGAGGGAUGGGGAGAAGGCUGCCGCCCGGCGACCCAGCUCUUUAAACAAAAUGGCUUCCUGUCGCUCGUUCAGUUGAAGCCUUAAAAUGGCGGCGGGAGAAGAAAGCGGGUUGAUCGCGCAUGCGCUCUGGGGAGUUGUGACUUCGCAUUGGGCGCCCUCUACAGGGAAGAUGGUGGACGAGUGGAGCGCGCAUGCGUGCAGAAGGUGCUUUAUUCCCGUUGCUCGGGGUGGGGAAGGGAAUAUUCGGGUGUUGAUUAUACGAAAAUUAUCUCUUGGAAGAUGUUUUGACUGAUUUGCUGAUAGAAUUAGUUCCUGUGCUUUUUGGCUGCACGUUAUAAGACUUAAGAAAAUACAAUAUUUUGCAUUUUUGAAACAAGUUUCCGCUUCUUAAAAACAGCCAAGACACUAAGGCACAUUUUAGAGAGGGGAUCGAAUUGGAAAAUGGAAUUCGAAAAUAUUGAGCCUUGCUAGUGUUUUCUUUGGGAAAAUAUAAAAUAAAGGGGCAAACACUUCAAAAUGGAUUUGACACUGCCUCUGUCGAAUCUUAGAUUGAUUUAUUGUGUGAGAUUCUCUUUUGGGGUUUUCCUGAAAGUGGAUGGAUAAAACAACGUGCACAAAUGCAUCUGUGUUAAGCUCUUUAAAAGACUAAGCCCUUAAUCCUUCCAGAUCCAUUACCUCAUUAUGUAGGGAUCUUGUGCUUUUGACAAUGAAGUGGAGACAUUUUGAUGGUUUCUACCUGUCAAACAGGGAUGAAAAUAUUGCACUUUUGCAUCGGUUGAAAUAAAAUUUAUGCUGUGAGGUUCAUUCCCCCCCCCCCUUAAGUUGUUUUUGGUGACUACUGAAUUUUGUGCUUUUGCUUACAGGAAAAAAUGGCUUCAGAUGAGGGAAAACUCUUCGUUGGUGGCCUCAGUUUCGACACCAAUGAACAGUCAUUGGAGCAGGUCUUCUCCAAAUAUGGACAGAUAUCAGAAGUUGUUGUUGUAAAAGACAGAGAAACCCAGAGAUCUAGAGGUUUUGGAUUUGUCACUUUUGAGAACAUUGAUGAUGCAAAAGAUGCGAUGAUGGCCAUGAAUGGAAAGUCUGUUGAUGGCCGCCAGAUCAGAGUAGAUCAAGCAGGCAAAUCAUCAGAGAACAGAUCCCGUGGCUACAGAGGGGGCUCAGCUGGUGGCAGAGGCUUUUUCCGUGGCGGCAGAGGUCGGGGCCGUGGCUUCUCCAGAGGUGCCGGUGGAGACAGAGGCUAUGGGGGCAGCAGAUUUGAAUCCAGAAGUGGAGGAUACAGUGGGUCCAGAGACUAUUAUGGUAGCAGCCGGAGUCAAGGCAGCUAUGGUGACAGGCCUUCAGGAGGGUCCUACAGAGACAGCUACGACAGUUAUGCUACACACAACGAGUAAAAAACCUUCCUGACUCAAGAUCGUCCUUCCAAUGGCUGUAUUUAUAAAGAUUUUUGGAGCUUCGCUGAAAACGUUCUUAUGUAGUCCAUCUCCUUUGUAUUCUCACUUUUGUAGUAAAACUCAGUUCUGACCUUGUCAAAAACACAGCCUGACAGCUUCUAAUAUGUGAUGGUCCAUUGAGACUUAAAGAAAGCUCUGGGUUUUUUCUCAAGUGUUUUAACUUUUUUUUAAAGCACUUAAGAUUUUAGUUCUUUAUGAGCCAAGGUGUUGAGUUUUUUUAUUAAAAAAAAAGACUUGGAAGGUUUUGGGGCCCCAUUUCUGUUCUGAGUGAGGAGGGACCUUAAUUCUUCGGUAGAAGCUGACCAAGCUGUGAUCAAUUUUUGUUUUUAGUACAUCGUUUUGUAACAUUCCUUUAGUGUAGCAAGGUAGGUAUUGCAUCCUGGGUAUGAAUUUAAAAGCAAAACCACCUUGAUACAUCUAAAGAGAUAUUGCUUGUAUGUUCAACCUGCAUUAAAAAUUUUACUUGUAUGCCAUAAAACCCAGAGAUCUGCAAAUCUUACUUCACAAGAGGUUCAUGGAAAAAAAUUGUUUGUUUAUAUUGUCCUUUUUUUACUGAAGAAAGUAUGCCUAAUUCCAUUGAUGUUGUAAUUUUGAAGUGGUAAAAGGAUUUCUUGUACAGUUUUCCUUUGGCUUCACGAAGCCUAUUAAAAGUCCAUCUGAAACAAAA